GAAGCGGCAAACUCCGGCUAGGCUAUAUAAGGCAAGGCGCCGAGUCCAGCGAGGAAGCAAACUACACCAGCCACACGAGAAGAGCGGAGAGGCUGCCAACAAACGAGAAGCGCAAAAGCAAAGCGGCGCCUCCUUCAUUUACCCCGACCAGAUCCAGCCACCUUUGGGAUUCCGAAAAAAAUAUCAAAAAACCCAAGACCCAGCGAAAAGAGAUUUGGUUUGAAAAGCGCCAACCACCCUCAGCAAGAACAAAGAAGCCCCCGGUUCCCAUCCCCAAGACAAAAGGGGGCUCCGAUCCUCCCGUCAGCUCCCAGCAUUGACCGUUCGACUUCAGCGCUGCCUCCCCGGUCCCGAGCGACUAUGGUCAACAUGCAAGUGUGCCCCCUGGAUUGUGAGACGCUGCAGGGUCUGCUGAAGGAUAGGUCCUUACAGUGCCUGCUCCUGGACUGCCGCUCCUUCUUCUCUUUCAACUCCUCGCACGUCGGCGGCUCCCACAACGUCCGCUUGAGCACCAUCGUCCGGCGGAGGGCCAAGGGGGCCAUGGGGCUGGAGCACAUCCUGCCCAACGAGGAAGUGCGCUCCCGCCUGCACGAGGGGCUUUACCACGCCGUGGUGCUACUGGACGAGCGCAGCACCGACCUGGAGGCGCCCAAAAGAGACAGCACCCUCAUGCUGGCCCUGAACACCCUCUGCAGGGAAGCCCGGGACACCCGCAUCUGCUUCCUCAAAGGAGGAUAUGAAGCCUUAUUGUCUGCAUACCCUGAGUUGUGCACAAAGCCAUCUGCUCCAAAGGGCUUGACUCUGCCCCUCAGCACCAACAACAUGCCUGGCAGUGCAGAUUCAAACUGCAGCUCCUGUGGAACUCCUCUGUAUGAUCAGGGUGGUCCAGUGGAAAUCCUACCUUUCCUGUAUUUGGGCAGUGCCUAUCAUGCUUCCAGGAAAGAUAUGCUGGAUGCUUUGGGAAUCACAGCCUUGAUCAAUGUCUCUGCUAACUGUCCGAACCAUUUUGAGGAGCACUACCAGUACAAACGCAUCCCUGUAGAAGAUAACCACAAGGCUGACAUCAGUUGCUGGUUUAAUGAAGCCAUCAACUUCAUAGACUCUGUUAAAAAUGAGGGCGGGCGAGUGUUUGUUCACUGUCAAGCUGGCAUCUCCCGCUCAGCAACCAUCUGUCUCGCUUACCUUAUGAGGACCAACCGAGUCAAAUUGGACGAAGCCUUUGAGUUUGUCAAGCAGAGGAGAAGCAUCAUCUCCCCCAACUUCAGCUUCAUGGGACAGCUGCUGCAGUUUGAGUCCCAGGUCCUUGCUCCAAAUUGCUCAGCGGAGGCUGGAAGCCCUGCUAUGGCUGCAUUGGACAGAGGCACACCCACAACAACUGUCUUCAACUUUCCAGUCUCCAUCCCCGUCCAUCCUUCUGCCAAUGCACUAGGCUACCUUCAGAGCCCUAUCACCACUUCUCCAAGCUGCUGAAAGGCAGGUGCAAAUGGACUCUCGACACAAAGACUUGAUAACUCUGGCUGUUAUCUCAAAAAGUGCAAUAACCUGGGGGAUGGUUGACGCUUGCUCACAUGGGUUUCCUCUCCUUGCAGCUGCAAAGCAAUACAGAGUCCUCAGCACAGAGCAGCAUAUCUUACUCCAGAAAACAAAGUUCUUUUCUGCUAGAUCUUCUUGAGAUGUAUGUUUGACCAACACCUGGAUUCCUACAAAGGAGACAAAGCACACUAGACAUUGCUUUUUACUCCUGAACUAUUCCUCUUAACAAUUUUCUGUCUCCCUCUGUCUGUCAGUCUGUGCUUUGAUAGCAAACCUUACAGUAUUCUGGUUCCUGGGUGUGCUAGGCUAACAGUGACACUGCCCCCUUGUAUAAGGAAGACCUAGUAUUUAUUUAUUUUAUGGUAUAGUUGCAUUGUGUGUGUGUGUGUGCUGCCUUUAAAAGUCUCAAAUUUCAUUUUUUUUUCAAAAAAACCAACACCAAAUACCUCAGUAUUUUUUGGGUACUGUAAUCCUGUAAAUAUAUCUUAAACAGUUUCCUAAGCACUGACAUUGAAAGCACAAAGGAGCGUUUGUGGCUUUGGUUGCCAAGGGUGGUAUGUUUCCUGGUUUAUUUAUGACGUGAAAUAAUAUAUUUCUUCUUAUGAUGGAAGACCUG